GGCCCCAGGCCCGGCCGCGGCCGCUCCCGCCUGGAGCCGCCGCGCGCCCCCAGCCCCCCCGGCGCCCCCGCGGCCCCUCGCCUUCCUCUUCCCGGCGCGGCCCCCCGGCUUCCGCGCGCCGCCCGCCACCAACCCGCUGGCCACCAUGUCGGUGGAGCUGGAGGAGGCCCUGCCGCCCACGGGCGCCGAGGGGGCGGCCAGGAAGGCGGCGCGCGCGGGCGGCGGCGGGGGCGCGGCGGCGGCGCUGGCGCCCGCGAGGAAGAGGAAGAACGGGCGCAAGAAGAACCCGGGCAAGUACAGCCAGCUGGUGGUGGAGACGAUCCGCAGGCUGGGCGAGCGCGGCGGCUCGUCGCUGGCGCGCAUCUACGCGGAGGCCAGGCAGGUGGCGUGGUUCGACCAGCAGAACGGGCGCACCUACCUCAAGUACUCGAUCCGCGCGCUGGUGCAGAACGACACGCUGCUGCAGGUGAAGGGCACGGGCGCCAACGGCUCCUUCAAGCUGAACCGCAAGAAGCUGGAGGCCGGCGAGCGGCGCGCCGCCCCCGCCGCCCCGGCGCCCGCGCCCGCGCCCGCCGCGCCCAAGGCCCGGAAGGCGGCCGCGCCCCGGCGCGCGGACCCGAAGCCCGCCAAGGGCGCCCGGCCGAAGCGCGCGCCCCCGAAGGCCGCGGCCGCCGCCAGGAAGGACAAGGGCAGCGCCAAGGCCAAGAAGGCGGCGGCGGCGGCGGCGGCCGGGGGCGCGAAGGUGAAGAAGGCGGCCAAGCCCAGCGUCCCCAAGGUGCCCAAGGGCCGCAAGUGAGCGCCCGCCCGCGCGCGCCCGGCUCUCUGGUUUUUGUUUAUUGGUUUCUGUUUCCGGCGUUUUGGUUUUUCCCACCCCGACGUGGGUUCGGUUUUGUACGCGGCGCCAGGCCCGGUCCCCUCCGGCCGCCCCCGGUCCCCUCCGGGCCCCCUCCGCCGCCCCUCCCCCCGCGGCCAGCCUUUCUGCUGUUGUUUGCUUUAGAUUUUUGAAACAGCCCUGGCGACGCCCCGAUUGGCUCUCGCCCUUGGCAACGGCCGUCGCCUUGGUUACCGGCCCCUGGGCGCCAAUGGCCGAGGCCGCGCCUGCCCGGGCGGGGCCGCUGGUUGCCGGGACGCGGCCGCGGCCCCGCCCUCUUCGCCGCCCCGGGCGCGCGACAAUCGCUCGGGCUCCGCGCUGCGCGGCGCUUCCUCCGUCCCGGGGGCCUUUUUUGGAGCGGGAGGGGACACAAUAAAAACAUUGUUGGAACCUU